AUGGCGCUCCCUGGAUGCAAGUCCAGAAUCCUGCCCUCUCUCUGCAUCUGUGUCCUGGUCCUGGCCUGUGAAGUGGUGUGCCAGGAUGAAGGGUCUAUGGGGUCACCCAGCCCCCAGCCCCCCAGUCAGGUGUGGAGCCGCUGGAACAUGAUGCGGGGCAAAAUGAAUGACCUGGUGACCAGGACCAAGGACAAGUGGCAGCAGUUCUGGAAACCGGGGGCCCUCCAGGGCUUCAUGCAGACCUACUAUGAGGACCACCUGAAGGAUCUGGGCACCCGCACCCAGACCUGGCUCCACAGCUCCAAGGACGCGCUCCUGGAAAAGGCCCACAGCCUGUGCCCGCGGCUGAUCUGCAGAGACUGA